AACCCCAACGGUCCAAUUUCUACAAAUACAGUAUUAGCACUAAUAACACGUACAUAUAAAUUAUAAAGCUUCCACAUUGCAAUUUUACGUACUAUCUUUCUCACAAUAUCUCUCUCGUUUUACAAAUUUACAAUGGAAGCUAUCACUGCUCCAACUCCUACUUGUAAUACUACUACUGCUGCUGCAUCUGCAAGCGUUCAACAUGUGACCAAGAAGUCUUCCGACGAGCUGCUGAGGAAAUUUGCGGAUUCCGGGGACGAGGCUGAGGUUCCUGCGAGGAAACAGCUGGCGGUGAGGGUGUCAAAGCGUCGGAAAAGAAGAAGCCGGGUGAACGGGGAUGGGGAUCAGCAGUGUGAGAGCCCGUUGAGUGGGAAGAGUGGGUUGGUGGAGAGGAGGUCUCUGCUUCCUGCUGGGACUAAAAGCAAGGCGUUGUUUAGGAAAAUUGGGAUUCAUGGCGGCAGGGCUUCACACCUCAGGGCUAGGGAUAUCAGGAACAAGUCCCUCUUUGGCACAAUUCACAAGACAUGGAGAAUGGCCAUUGAAGGAGCUUCAAAGGUUUUCAUGGAAAAGCAUUACAACAGGCACAAGCGUUUGAUCAAUGACAUUGUCUAGCUCAACGAACAAACACCCUCUUAGUAUUAAUCUGAUCGUCCAUUUUUCAAAUGCGUGGUUCAAAUUCAUUGUAUAUUAGUAUAAAGAUGCUUUUUUUAUCA